AUGCGCAUAUACACGUCAUGCGCCACAGACGAAGCAGUCGAAGACGAGGAGCAGGGCAAGCCGAAGAGGGCGAAGUUGAAGGCGGCCGUCAUUGACUUGACGGCGAGUGACGCGGAAGAGGACAUCCAACAGGUUGCUGUCAAAAUGGAGCCCGUCGACUCCAACGCUUCGCAAGACCCCAUGGCCGCCCUCAGCGAACGUUUCGAGACCAUGAUGGACAAGUCGCUAAGUAAGACGUGGCUGGUUCUCCAGCUACAGCGGCAACUGAAGGACAGUCGCGCGGAAACCGUACGUCUACAUGAGGAGAACAAUCGCCUUCGCCAAGCUUUGAGGAAUUUGGUGGAGCCUGUUACUGGGUCCGCUCCUUCUCAUCCCUAA